AUGGACGAGAUUGCUAAAGCUCGGAAAUCAGGGCAUAAGGUUAUUGGAGAGUCUGUUGUGUAUGGACUAAUCCUUGAUGAUCACUGGUUUUGGGAUCCUGACCGCUUUUGGUCGACUAUAACAGACAUUGAGGCUCAGCGUAAGAGGUUGAUAAAGCUAUGGACUCUCAAAGAAGCAUAUGUGAAAGCUUCAGGCAAAGACUUCUCUGCUUCACCUUUCAAUACCUUUUCAAUCAUCCAAACAGAAGAAAGCUAUAAUCUUCUCCAAGCAGAGAAGGGAAGUUUAAGCUUCUGGAAUUGGCUGCUUCUUCUCAUUAUGCUGCAAUCUGCGAGAGUUGGAGAAUGGAAGUCACAGUGA